CUAGUGAGAUAUUUCUUCUCAUAUAGAAGACAAAUAUCACCUAAUUAGUGAGAUAUUUCUUCUCAUAAUGUCGAAAUCAUACAAAAGAUAAAUAUCACCUAAUUACUGUCUUGUUAUAAAUACAUGUGCAUAUCACAAAAAGGAAAUGCAUGAACAAUAAACCAUGGAGUACCAAACGCUUCUCCUUCUUAUUACUUUUAUGUGUGCAACCAUUCUUAUCUUCAUCCUUAGAAAUCAAAAUUCCACAAAACUUCCACCAGGGCCACGCCCACUUCCUAUCAUUGGUAACAUCUUAGAACUUGGCCAAAACCCACACAAAUCUCUCACAAAACUCUCUAAAAUAUAUGGACCAAUCAAGUCACUGAAAUUAGGAACAAUAACAACCAUAGUAAUCUCAUCCCCUCAAGUAGCCAAACAAGUCCUACAAGAAAAUUCACAAAUCUUCUCUAGUAGAACUAUUCCACAUGCUGGAUAUGCACUUGAUCAUGCCAAAUUCUCACUUGUGUGGCAUCCAACAUUAGAUUUGUGGAAGAAACUAAGGAAAGUUUGUGCCACAAAAGUAUUUUCUAAAAAAAUGCUUGACUCAACAAAAAUCCUUCGCCAACAAAAGUUACAAGAAUUAUUGAAUUAUGUGAUAGAAAAAAGCAAGAAAGGUGAGGCUUUUGAUAUUGGUGAGGCUGUUUUUACAACUGUCCUUAAUUCAAUUUCAAAUACUUUGUUCUCUAUGGAUUUGGCUCAAUCAAUACAUGGCCAAGAGUCUCAAGGAUUUAAGAAAAUUAUUUGGGGUAUCAUGGAAGAAGCUGGGAAACCUAAUGUAUCAGAUUUCUUUCCUAUUCUUCGUCGCUUAGAUCUACAAAGUGUGCAUGCAAAUCUCACCAAUUAUUUGAAGAAGUUAUAUGAGAUUUUUGAUGAUAUUAUUGAAGAAAGAAUUAAUUCAAGAUUUACCAAAGCUGAUUCUGAGGAUGUUUGCAAUGAUGUGUUGGAUUCACUUCUUAAAAGCAACAAUAUUGGAGAAACCACGUUGGAAUUAAGUCGCAGUGAGAUGGUGCAUCUCUUUAUGGAUUUAUUUGUUGCUGGGACCGACACAUCAUCAGACACGAUUGAAUGGAUUAUGAUAGAACUAUUACGUAAUCCUGAAAAAUUAACAAAAGCAAAAAAAGAGUUAUGUCAAGAAAUUGGUAAAGAUGAAACAAUUGAAGAAUCACAUAUUUUUAAGUUACCUUUCUUACAAGCAGUUGUGAAGGAAACUCUUCGUUUGCACCCACCUGCUCCAUUUUUGCUACCUCACAAAUGUGAUGAAACUGUCAACAUAUUAGGCUUCAAUGUGCCAAAAAAUGCACAAGUGUUAGUCAAUGUAUGGGCCAUGGGAAGAGAUUCAACCAUUUGGAGAAAUCCAAAUAUGUUCAUACCUGAAAGAUUUUUGGAGUGUGAUGUUAAUUAUAAGGGUAAUAAUUUUGAACUUAUUCCAUUUGGGGCAAACAAAAGAAUUUGUCCAGGGUUGCCUUUGGCUCAUAGGAUUGUGCAUUUAGUGGUGGCAUCCCUUGUACACAAUUUUGAAUGGAAUCUUGCUGAUGGGUUAAAGCCAGAAGAUAUGAAUAUGGAUGAGAAAUUUGGAUUAACUUUAAAGAAGAUUCAUCCUGUACGAGUUCAAGCUACCUCAUCAUCUUAGAUGAAUAUAUUUUUUCAAGGAAAAUAAAAGGGUGUGGUUUGUGUCACUCUUGUCGACGCAGACGCAUAUGCGGUUGCAAUUUCAACGUAAAAUGCAUACACACAUGCGAUUGGUACGAUCACCAAUUAUGGCUGUGACUUUGUUGACAAUGUAUGUAAAAUUGUUAAUAGUAUAUAUGUUAUUGCAAUAUAUAAAAGCAUUAAUAUUAAA